AUGUUAUUUGCAACAUACGGCGAGCUAACCCAGACUCCCUUCAUCCGCAAGGGGCUAGUCGGGCACCUAAUCCUGUUCUACAACUGUUACCUACACUUCGAAGGUCCCACGACCGCUGAACUCUCUCGUCCAGAGUUGGAAGCCCUUUACAAGGGAAAGACAAGGCUCAAAUACUUCCCUACCAAAUCACAUAAACCGAACGAGAAGGAGAUCAAGGUUGUCGAUUUCCCAAGCUUGGUGGCAAACCGCAUGCACAAGUUCAACAUUGAAAACUCGAAGAUUGAACCGGGAAAUGGUCCAAUCAACUUGUACACACUUGAAAUCUGGGAAUAA